CAGCAUCACAUAUAAAGAACUCCCCCUCAUAACCUUCACUCCCUCAGCGGCUUUAUCAUCACAUCCUCUCUCAGUAUUAACGCAAUGGGCUCUCUUCCUCUCACCAGCAUUCAAGUGCCCCCAGCCCAAGGCCAAACGCACUCUCACACCGUCGUCUUCUUGCAUGGCCGCGGAGAUAGCGCUGCCAACUUCUGCAGCUCGCUCCAAUACUCGCGCGACUCCCAAGGCCGCACGCUUGCCGACGCUUUCCCUUCUUUUCGAUGGGUAUUUCCUCAAGCACCUAAAAGAAAAUGCGCCAGUUCACCCGAUGAGUGGAACCAGUGGUUCGAUGUCUGGAACGUGAGGAAUUUGGCGGAAAAUGAAGAUCUCCAGGCAGAAGGACUCAGAGAAGUCGUGCCCAGGAUUCGCGAUAUUCUAGCCAAAGAAGCAAAUGACUUGAACGGGAGGUGGGACAAGGUCAUUUUGAUGGGUAUCAGCAUGGGCUCUGCGACAAGCGUGCACACUUUAUUCAACCUCGACAUCCCGACCCCAGACAAACGACUGGGCGCCUUUAUUGGCUUCAGCGGGCGUUGUCCGUUUGCCGGGCGAGCACUUGAUGAGAUGCGUAAGACGCUUCAAGUCGGUUCGUCCCCAACGCACAGUGACGUUCUCAAAAAUACGCCUAUGCUCUUGGAACAUUGCGUCGACGAUCCGUUGGUAUUGGUUGAUUGGGGCAGGAGGCAGUGUGAGAUAUUGAAAGGGUUUGGAGCGAAUGUGACUUGGAGGGAGUAUGGGAGCGGAGGACACUGGUUUAACUCACCCCAGGGCAUGGAUGAUGCGAUAGAAUUUUUGAAGGCUGUACUUUAGAUGCUAGACUUGGGCAUUGGGAAAGGGCCGUGUCUACCAUGGGUGGUUGGGAAGCUGCCAGCGCAGCUCGUUCAUCAC